UAUAAUAAUGAGAAGAGGGAUACGUGUGAAUGCCAGCCGCUAAAACAGUGAUGACGAGAGAGAGAGGAGCCACCAAAAACUCAAAAAGGAACCCUCACGACUCGCGACGUCGGGUGAGUAGUCGGUUGAGCUGACGUGUGGGUCCUUGGAUUUGUCGAAAUCAACAGCAGCCCGAAAAGGGCUUUGAUUUAUAUUUACAGCUUGUCAAUCCAAAAAGCAGCCACUGUUCGUUUUCUUUAAAUUACUCCGUAUCUUCUUAUUAGAUGAAACUCAAAGCAAACUACUUGAUUGGUCUGCACGUUACCGCAUUAUAAAUGGAAUUGCUCGAGGGCUUCUUUAUCUUCACCAGGACUCUCGGCUCAGAAUCAUCCAUAGAGAUCUCAAACUCAGAAAUAUUUUGCUUGACUCGGAUAUGAACCCAAAGAUAUCAGAUUUUGGCAUGGCCAGAAGCUUUUGAGGAAAUCAGAUGGAGGCAAACACAAACAGGAUAGUUGGAACAUAUGGCUACAUGUCUCCAGAAUAUGCAGGGAACAGCAUGUUUUCAAUUAAAUCUGAUGUAUAUAGCUUUGGUGUUUUAAUGCUGGAAAUUGUGUACGAGGAGAAAAACAGAGGAUUCGUCCACAAUGAACAUAGCAACAGCCUUAUUGGACAUGCAUGGGUGCUCCAUAAAGAAGGCAGAUCCCUGGAACUAGUUGCCAAUUGUUUAUGUGGAUCAAUCAAUGCAUCUCAAGUUCUGCGAUCAAUCCACGUGGGUUUGUUGUGUGUUCAACAUCGACCAGAAGACAGACCGCCAAUGACUUCUGUGAUUAUGAUGUUGGGGAGCGAGAGCCCAUUGCCUUUGCCCGAGAAACCAGGUUUUUUCAUAGAAAUUGUUACAGAGGAUGCCACACAUUCUUCAAGUAUGUAAUGGUUACAUAUGUAAACCGUUCAUGGUUCUGUUUCACAUGUGAUUGAUUUUUCGGAGAUCAUUUACUAAUUUGUUGAUAAUGUGGUUUUUGUUACGCUAUUUCAAAUGUCUGCACUUUUUUCUGUUUGUAAAACAUCAUAAGAAACAAUAUAUCAUGUUCUUAGACUUGUUUUCAGAAACAAUAG